CUUAAAAUUCUAGGAAACCGACUACUAUCCUUCGCAUCUUCACAGACAAUAAUUAUUGGAAAACUAAAUAUUCUUUCUUGCAAUUAAUAAAGCAUAAAGAAGAUUGAUUUAUUCAAUAUGCCGAGCUAUGGAGAAACUAAAAGUGUAAAGCAACCAGAUGAUACCCAAGGAAUAGCAAAAGUUGAACUGAAAAAUGGAAGUGAAGAGCUAAUAGCAGAGCUGGUUGGUUGUGCCAUACAUCUAUCAAUGAAAGACAAAAGCCUUAGAAAUGUUCUUCAAUUGGACAACAAAAGUUAUAAGGAAGUGAAGUAUUUUAUAUUUGUGCCAUGGUUCUGCUCAUGCAGACCCAAACAAAUGGAUGAAAAAAGCACAAAGAUUGUGGUCAAACUUCACCGAUAUGGAAAGGAACAAGGAAAAGAGUUUUCAGUAGAUGAGAAUAACAGUGGCGGAAUUUUUAAAAAGUAUCACAGUAAUAACUAUUUUGUCAUUCCUUUACCAGAGAAAAGUUCCCAAGAAUCUUCAUUUUUAAAAAAAUGGAGCUCAGACCUCCUCUUAUUCAACAAUUCAAGUCAAAUUUUACAAAGUAAGGGUUUCUUUUAUGGAAUCAAAAAAGUGGAAACAAAAAAUUUAUUAAAGUUUUGUGGGUUUAAAGAGGAAUCUGCCAAAUUGGAUGAGCAGGGUGUUCUACUGAUUCGUUCAUCAAUCUAUGAAAGCUAUGUGAUUGGAUGCUACAAGAAGGAGAAUGGCAGAAUUAAAAAGUAUUGUUUCUUUUUAAAAGCCACAGCCUCUCGUUUGGCGGUGCUGACCAAGAGGCACGUGGGAUCUGGGUACGAGAUUGACAUUUUCCAAGAAGGUCAAGAUUCCCUUACUUCCGCAUAUACUCUUUUCCUUCGGUCACGAGCAAUGCUGGUAUUCUUCUUCCCUCGCCAUAAUCAACGGAGAAAAAACACGUACAGCAAUGGCUAGAGAUAUUCAACUUUCACAAAAUGAAGAUUUCAAGUUCCACGAUAACUGUAAACAAUUUGUAUUUGCCGUAAAAAAGCUCAUAAGCAGACCCUCCCUGAGAAAGAUGACGUGCUAUCGACGAUCUUAUCGACGGCUGAAAUCUAAUGAGUAGCCUUCGUUAUCYRCAAAAAUAUAUAUCCAUAUGAGAAACACCGACGCAGUC